AUGAAAUUGCAUUACUUUUUGGUUUUUGACUUAGCGGCUAUUCUUCCUUUUUUUGGUGUUGAAGUAUUUUUAGCGAUUUCAAUAAUUGCUUCAGGAAUUCCUGACGAUAAAAGUUCAAGACUCUUUAUUUCUUCUUUAACUCUCUCCAAAUCCAAUUCAGCCCACAUUAAAAAUUUUAUUACAAACCUUAUUACUUUUCAUUAA